AUGACUACUAACGAUAUUAAAAAAACUUUUGGAGAAAACACUGAAAAACUAGAAAAGAAAACUAAAGAAUUCAUUGAUAAAACUAGCCCUUAUUAUUCUAAUCUAGAACCACAUCAGCGAGGAAUACUGAUAAUUGUUCUACUAUUAGCACUUAUUUUUUUUAUUUAUUGGUUAACUAAGAAAGAACCACGAGAGUUAACAGAAAUGGAAAGAAAACAGAUAGAAAAAGCAACUUCUAACAAAAAGAAAACUAAGCAUACUGAACAGUCAUUAUUGCUUUUAUUACUAUUAGGAGGAGGAUAUUAUUUUUUCUUUCAUUUACCAAACAAAAGAAAGAAAAUUAAAGAAGAAAUAAAAACUCUGUUAGAAAAUAACUCAAACAUUAAUCUUAUUUCACAGAUCAAUUUAUUUGCUAAUCAAAUGAAGAAAACAAUCAAGGAGAAAAUCGAUGAUUUAGAACGAAAUAAUUUAACAUCAAAACAAAAGAGAGAAACAGCAAUUAUAGAAUUAAGCGAUUAUUGUCAACUAGAAGAAUUAGAAUUACCAAAUUUUAAAAAAAUUAUCAAAGAUUAUUCUAAAAAGAUUAAGCAAGAACCGGUUGAUAAUAUUUCUUCCUUGCAAAAAGAGGCUAACGAAUUAAUUGUUGAAGAAAGGGUCAAAAAACAAGCCAAGAUGACUGAAAUAAUGAAAAGAGAACCAGAGCAUUUCAACAUUGCCGCUUCUUAUAAGAUUAAAUUUCCUCCCAGUCUUUGGAAUAAUCUAACGAAUAAGCAAAAAACUCACAAAAAGUCUGAAGAACUUGUAUUGAUCAGAGGCGAAAGAGAUCCUGAUACUAAACUCGAUAACAAUGCUCUUUUUUACGGAGCACCACGAACUGGUAAAUCAGUUAUGUCUGAAAAGUUGGCUUAUGAAGCUGACUGUUAUCCGUUAGUAGUAAUUCAAGGUUCCAGUUUAACACCAAAAGACUUAGAUUAUAAAUCUGGCAUUGAUCCCUUAGGAAAAUUUAUUUUUACCCUUUGCGAUAUUGAUCAUACUUUAGUUGAUGAUUUUGGUUUCGAAAGGGAAGAAAAUGGCGAAGUAAGAUACAUUCUCUUUGUGGAUGAAGCCAACCAAAUAACUACUAGCACUUUAAUUUCUAGGUCUACUGAAUUGACUUUUUUAAAGGAAUGUAUGGGUAGUGAUACCAGAAUAAACGAAAGUAAGAAUUUAUGGAUUAUGGCUACUAAUCAUUUAGAUCAAGUUAAUCCAGCUGUUUACCAACCAGGCAGAUUAAGAGAUUUUAUGAGAUAUGCUGAUGAUGCCGGUAUUACUGAAAAAGAGGAGAAAAAUAAUAGAGAGAAUGAUAAUGAACAUUUUCAAGGUAAAUUUGAACCACCGAGAAAACCAAAAAUAGAAGAAGUAGUAGAAAAAACUGCUAAUCAAAUAAGCAAGUCAAUAGAUGUUCGUCUAAAAGAAUUAAUCGAAACAGCUGAAGAAAUUAGAAAUCAAGCACUAACUGCUAGAAAUACUUGCACUUCAACCAUAGAAGACAGUUUAGAACAAAUAAGGUUAGUAAUCACCCAAAUGAAAUAG